AAACCGGACGUGUCCAAUGUUAAAGUGUUCGGAUGCAAAGCAUACAUGCAUGUUCCUAAAGAAACCAAAAAGAAAUGGGAUUCAAAGACCAAGAAAUGUAUAUUUGUUGGAUAUAGUAUUUCAAGCAAGGGAUAUAGACUUUAUGAUCCUAAGACUCGGAAAUUACACAUAUCCAGGGAUGUUUUAUUUGAUGAAGAUGAAUUUAUUCAACAGAAGAAAUUUAUGCAAAUUGUAAACUUGAAUGAUUCCCUCCCUGAAGACCAAGAAGAACCACAAGAGAACAGACCAUCUUCCGAGCAUGUUAUUUCAGGGGAUCAAGACACAGUUGAUCAUGAUGAAG